GACGUGUGAAUUGGAAAGAUAAAAAUAAUUACUAGUUUAUUUAUCGCCGAGUUGAAGGGGUUUCUAAGGGGCGAACGGCGAUGCUUUUCGAUCGGAAAAUCCAGUCACCGCUGGUUUUUCAGUAACUUCAUUCUCAUCUCCACUAUCUGCUUCCACCCUUCAGCUUAAUCAUUAUGCGUGUAUGUUAGUGCGUACUUGUUUGUGUGUGAAGUUCUAUCCGCUCUCAUCGAAUCGACCACUGUUCUCUUUCGCCGGCGUGAGCAUGUUAAGAGUGCAUGAGAGUUCUUUGAUUGAAAACUAGGUAAAUAAGAUUAAACAGGUUGGUUGAGCAGCAACUUAGAUUUAAUUCUCCGUUCUGCUAGCUAUUAUACAUGACAUGGAUGACGGGGGAAAUCGAGAGAACAGAAGACAGAGGAUGGAUUAUUACAAAGUACCUCCGUGGAACAUGAUAUCCCCAUUCCAGGCAAAAGAACUAAAUGCUUUAAAUAUCAACCCCAGGGUCACCAUGCUCUGUAAUGAAAGGGAUGCUGCCAUCGAGGAGCGUGAUAGAGCCCUGGCUGAAAAGAAGACGGCCUUAAAUGAACGAGAUGCUGCAAUUCAGCAGCGAGAUGCUGUAAUUGCUGAGCGAGACAAUGCCGUAAGAGAACGUGACAAUGCCAUUGCUGCCCUCCAAUUUCAGGAUGCUUUAUUGAAUGGUGGCGCACGUGGAUUGAAGCGCAAUGUCCAAUCUGCCCAUAGUUUGAGGGAUGUGACUGAGGCCUUUCCCAUAUCUACCGUUCCAUCCGAGGCUGCAAAUUCAUGCCAAGUGAAACCAACAAAAGCAAUCAAGGGGACUCCAUCGAAGGCAACAAAAUCACCACGGAAGGCGAAGAGAGUAAGCAAGGACUUGAAUAGACAUGUCACUACUGAUGGAUCGAAGGCUGAGUGGGAUGCACAGGAUUUUGGUAUUAUGAACCAGUUAAUACAAUUUGAUGAAUCUAGCAUGCCAGUGCCUGUUUGUUCAUGCACCGGAGUAUCUCGACACUGUUACAAGUGGGGUAAUGGUGGCUGGCAGUCAUCUUGUUGCACCAACUCUCUCUCAGUAUACCCACUACCACAGAUGCCAAACAAGCGGCACGCUAGGAUGGGUGGCCGGAAAAUGAGUGCAGGUGUUUUUAGCAGAUUGCUUACCAGACUGGCGGCAGAAGGGCACGACUUGUCAGUUCCACUAGAUUUGAAGGACUACUGGGCUAAACAUGGAACAAAUCGUUACAUUACCAUUAAAUAACUUUAAAACAAAGUCCUUGAAUAUGGUAAUGCUUUUCCCUUUGAGUGCAUUUGGCACCUGAGUUUUCCAGUUUCUGUAAGUACAAUUUUAGAAGGAAGGAAGGAAGUUGGACCCCAAAUUGUUAGUUCCUAGAGACUUUGAUUUUGUUUACUGUUCAUAUUUCCUAUUUAGUGCUCAUCGCAAUCAGAUUAAGAAUC